AUGGUGGAUUAUCUGUCAAACGAUAAUAGAAUACCUAAUAGGUCAUCUCCGUCUAAUUAUUCAAAUUUCAAUCACAAUUUACCAUCAAAUAACUAUGAUAUAAAUAAACCUGAUAUGUUAAAUGGUUCAACGUAUAAUGGUGGUUCAUAUUUACCAAGUGUUGGAUUUAUGAAUAAUCCCAAUCCUACAUUACAAGCAACAACUAUACCACAACCACCACAUCACUCAUUAAUGUCUUUACCUCCACCAAUAACGUCUGCAAUGAAUAGUCAACAUACUCCACCACCACUAAUAUUUAACAAUCAUAGUAAUAAUCAUCAUAUAAAUUCCAAUGGUGAUGGAAAUGUUUUACAACAUUAUAAUGAACCUUACAAUCCAAAUCAUUCAUAUUCAUCUUUUCAACCUGUUCAAAGACUACAACCAGUUCCUAUACAUACUUAUUCACAUCCACAAAUUCAAAUACCGUCAUCAUCACAGCAGCAACAGCAGCAACAACAACAGCGACAUGAUUCUUCACAUUCAACUCAUUCUAGCGCUCAUCAUCAAUCACCUCAACCACUACAACCACCAUUGUCAUCUAAAUCACAAACUUUUGGUCAUAUACGAAAUGAUAGUAAUAAUUCCAAUAAUUACUCUACUAAUGAAGAUGAUGAUAAAUUUCAAUCACAAUCAUAUCAUAUGGGACAACAAUCACCAUCAAAUGUUCAAUAUGUUCGUCAAUUUCUGCAUCAUUUAAAUCCAAAUUUUGCAGUCAAUUUAAAAUUUACAAAAGAUUUAAAUACAAUGACUCAAAGUUGGAAUCAAGAUGAGAUAAAGAACAGUAGAAGAUUAAUUAAAUUUGAUUUUUAUAAUGAUCCUCAAACUUCUAUGCAAUGUAUUAAUUUUGAACCUAUACGAUCAAUUGAUUUUGAUAAUGUUCAAGCUAUAAUAUCAUGUAUUUAUUGGAAAGAAAAAAAUAAAUUCAUAUGUACAUCAGUUGAUAUAAUCUUGUUAUUAGAAUAUUUAGUUCAUCAAAGUUUUGGAAUUGAAGAAAAAAAUAGAAUAAGAAGAAAUUUACAAAGUUUAAAACCUACAACUGUUUCAAGAUCUAAUAAGACUGAUCGUGAAUUUUUUAGUUUAAUAAUGAGUAUGGAGAAUCCAAGACCUAGAAAUAUAGAAAAAGAUUUGAAAGUUUUUAAUUGGAGUGAUUUAGGUAAAGCUAUUACUAAGGUUAUGUCAAAGUAUUAUGUUGUGAGUUCAUCUCCGUUACCUGCUACAAACAACAUAUGGAACUCAUCUUCUUCAUCUACUUCUUCUGGCUCGACAAAUUAUCAAAACCUCGACAAUAAUAAUGGUAGUAAUGGGUCUUCCAAUGGUAAUAACGGAUAUACAAUUUACACUAGAACAAAUGAGAAUAAUCAAGGAAAUACACCUAAUAAUAAUCAACCAACUAAUCAUUCCUCACAUUUAAAUCAAAACCUCAAUGGUGCAAUACCUCCACAACAUAAGUCAUCAAUUCCGAUUCCCGUUUCAUCUUCAUUCCCUAAUCCAUCAUCUAGAGCUUCAAAUUAUGACAGCAAUCAAAGUAAUUCUCCAAGUGAUACCACCACAAGUGCUGAUGAACUGAGUGGACCUUUUGAAAGAUUAAGAGCUAUUAAACAUAAUCCUUCCAGAUUUGGUUCAGUUACUCCGUUUUCAAAACCACCAGUUUAUAAUAGUCACACAUAUCCACAAUCAUCCUUAAGUAAUGGUUCAUUAUCGAUUAACAACAGUGCUACUUCUAGAUCAUUGCCACCACCUCAUUUACCACAAGUUGGUUUCCCUUUACCUCAACCAAGAUUAACACAUUUAACAGCAAAUUCAAAUUCAGAACCCAAUUCAUCAAUAGAUUCUCCAAGUGAAUCAAGUAAAAAUUAUACAACUCCAUCGGAUUCAUCGAAUCAAAAUCGUACAGAAUCAUCAGCUUCUUCAAAUGAUACAACACCAAAUGAUAAUGACAAUGAUAAUGACAAAUCAUCAAUUGAUCCUUCCUUAGCUUUAGCUUCAUCUCAAUCUCAACGUAAGAAAUUAGAAUCAAGACCAUCAGAUGAUAAAAAAAUCAAUAUAAAAGAAAAUGAUAAACAAUAUUCUGAUAGUCCAUCACCUUCCAAAGAAGGUGAUCAAAAUUCUGGAUCAGAUCGUUCUUCAAGUAAUGAUGAUAUUGCAAGUGCUUCUUCGGGAGAUUCAAAAAAUAGUGGUAAUUCAUCAGGUAGUAGUGGUGUUAAAAGUGGUGCUUCAGGUAGUGAAUCUUUAAUGUCAAAAGAUUCAAAUAGUCUUUUAUCACUUAAUAAAGAUUCAGGAAAUUCAAGUCAAGUUUCAUCAAGAUCAAAUUCAUCAGCUGGUUAUUUUAAUCCUAAAUUUGCUCCUUUAAAACUUGAUACAACUAGUAAUGGGAAUGGUAAUGGUAAUGGUUCAAGAAGUCAUUUAAGAGAUUUAAUUGAUCAACAUCAAUCACCAAUAUCUGAAUAUGCUUAUGAAGAAGAUGGAGAUGAAGAUGAAGAUGGAUCAAUGGAAAGUGAUGGAGAAAUUAAUGAGAAAAUAAAAACCAAUAAAAAUGAUAAUAUGGAUAUUGAUCAAGAUGGAAAUGGUAAAAUUAUAGAACCAGAUUCAACAAAAAGAGAUUUAUAUAAUAAGAAACAAAAGCAAAAAUUAAAACAUAAAAAUCAUAAUCAUUUAAAAUUAAAACAUCAUCGUUCACCAAAAAUUCAUUCAUCAACUCCAUCUCCUAAUUCAUCAACUCAUAACAACCACCACCAACAAAUUAGAAAUAAUGAAACAUCACAAUAUUUUGAUAAUAAUAAUGAUAAAAAAUUUAUGAAUCAAAAUCAACAACAAAUUUCAACAAAAUUACCUCCAAUUUCUCAACUAUUAAAACAAGAAUUUCAACAACAACAACAAAUUCAAUCUCCUAAAAAUAAUAUUGAACUACCUAUUUUACAAGAUAAUAAUGUUCCAAAAGAGAAAUUACCAUCUAUUAAAAAAGUUCAAAAAUGGAAAGAUUAUUAA